UAUCAAAGCUGCAACUUUUGCAUCAGAGCCCUAUAAAAAGCAAGAACCCUGCGACCGCCUAUCAGUGAAACCUAUGAAAAAUUGCAGCCGCUUGCGGGCAAAGUAUCUACCUUUUAAAGAUGACUCGUUUGUGGACGUGAAGCGAGAGGAGCGCUGAAGAAGCAUGCAGGGAUGUUCUUACACAACUUCUGGGAUGCUUUAUAUCGCGCGAUUCUGCAACAUGUGCGCCCGCAGCUGAUUUUUAUUUUUCUUAGAGACCGAAGUUUGAGAAUCAGAAUGAAGCAGAAAGGCGUCUUCGCGUGUCACAGAAGGAAAGCCUCCACGAGCGUUCGUCUGCACCUGAUGCUGGAGCUGACAGAAAUCAUGAAGCGCAGAAAAUACUGCUUUAUUCCCAAAAUAUGAAAAACGCGUGUCUGCUGGGAUGGAGCGCAGCGGUCAUUUCAAACCAACCCCUGGCCAUUUCGAGGUUUUGAAUGUCUCGACCGGCGCCAAUGUGACUUUAACGCCUAAAACGGACGGAAAACAAGAAAGUUUCGCCUUCCAAGUCACCUUAGCUUCGGUUCUCGGUCUCAUCACUCUCGCGACUAUAUUAAGCAACGCUUUUGUCAUCGCCACCAUUUCCCAGUCCAGAAAGCUCCAGACGCCGGCGAACUUCUUGAUCGCGUCCCUGGCCGUCACGGACCUUCUGGUGUCGGUGCUCGUGAUGCCCAUUUGCGUGCUUUACACGGUCACGCACGUGUGGUCGCUCGGGCAGGUUAUCUGCGACAUCUGGCUGUCCUCAGAUAUCACCUGUUGCACCGCGUCCAUUCUUCACCUCUGCGUGAUCGCCUUGGAUCGAUACUGGGCUAUAACGGACGCGGUCGAGUACGCCAAGAAACGCACCCAAGCGCGCGCCGCGGGCAUGGUGGCGACCGCCUGGAUCAUCGCCAUCUCCAUCUCCCUGCCGCCUUUCUUUUGGAGGCAGGUGAAGGCAGGGGAGCUCACCACCUGCUCGGUCAACACGGACCACAUCUUUUACACCAUCUACUCCACUUUUGGGGCUUUCUAUAUCCCUACGCUGCUGCUCAUCGCCCUGUACGGGCGGAUUUACGUGGAGGCGAGGAAGCGCAUUUUGAAGCAGUCGCCCAAAAAAGCUGGGAAAAGACUCACUUCGGCGCAUCUGAGCACUAAUUCGCCCGCUUCGGUGGCAUCGACUUCUCCUUUGCAUUGUGGAAGGCAAGACCUGUGCUCGGACAGCGGGUCUCUGGGCAGUGACAAUCAAAUUAGAGUAACCGUGUCCGAUUCACUUCUGGAGAAAAAGAGAAUCUCGGCUGCGCGGGAGAGGAAAGCCACCAAAACCCUGGGCGUUAUUUUAGGAGCCUACAUUGUGUGCUGGUUGCCGUUUUUCAUUUACACACUGCUGGAUCCUCUCUGUCCGUCCUGCUUUUACGCAGAACUCUUUGACUUUUUCAAUUGGCUCGGCUAUAUCAACUCACUGAUCAACCCAAUAAUAUACACCAUGUCGAAUGACGACUUUAAAAAAGCUUUUCACAAACUCAUAAGCUUUCGAUGUUGUAGACGACAGUAAAAUAGAUAAAUAAGUAUAAUGGUCAGUCAGUCGGUCAUUACCGCAGGUGAUGAACGCUUGACGCCGAUUGGAUGACAGACAUCCUAAGGUGUUUAUUGUUGUUCUGCACCUGCGGGGAUUUGAAGCUGUUCCAGUUCAUUACAGUCCCUUAUCAUUAUUUCAUGUUUUUUUUAAUAGCACAGAAUAUAAAAACAGACAAACGCGCGGCCAACAAAUAAAUGACAGACAGUAGGAUCAAAAUGACAAAUUAUUUCGAUUUUGUCUAAACUAAUUAAUCUAAUAGCCUCGCUGUUUGUAAUUAUGCUGCUGUCUAUUAGCAUUGCCGAGAGCCGCGGCAGACGCGGGUAUAAUCACAGGCGCGCUCCCUCCCUCUCGCUUUCUGUCACAAACACAACCCCGUUUACUCCAAAAACUGCUUAGAAACAGCCCAAGCCUCGGUUUAUAGUUCAAUAAGUGACACUUUCGAAAUAGCAAGGCGCGAAAAACGAGCGUUUUGAAAGAAUCUGAGGUAAACGCAUUAAAAACCAACACGGUAGCCAUUGUGUAAGCGAAAUGAUUGACUUCCGAUUCGGCGAUGUGGAAAAACUGACACGUGACUGCGUAUUAUUCGACUUAUUAAACGCUUACUUCACCGGUGACGAGUUUACGUAUGAAACGUCAUGCGGUUUUAUUACUUUUCUUUUAAAAUCCUAUUAUUCCCGGGAUUCACAUCACACCAAUCCAUAGGAAAUUGCCAUCUUAAUCACGGGUCCUGAUAAUGACCGUCUGACUGCAUAUUGUGUCAUUACCUUAAAAAUAAAAAGAACGAUUGAACACAUAAAUGAAAAAGAACACGUAACGGUUGUCGAGUUGAUAUUAUAUUAGCUUACUUGUAGAGACGACAAAACAUGAGCACAGAUACGCAGGAAAGAGUGUUUCUAGAUGAGCGGUCACCCAGACCGACCAAUCAGUAUCAAAAAUCCCAGACAGCCGUGUAAUAAACUGUUAUGUGGGCCUCGUUUGACAUAGCAUACGCAGGCUGCUCUUUCAAAACUGAGAAGAAUGUACAAUGACUUUGGAUUUCGUAAUAGUGCUUUGACAGCUUGUGGUCAACCAGUCGCUAAUUAAUAACGCAAACUGUGUAAAAAGCUUCAUUGUCUAUAAAAUGUGCAAUUCAAAUGCUCUUAUGUGAUCACUGCCUAUAGCUGCUGACUGAUCCUAAACUUAAUAAAUAAGUUGGGUAAUCCAUUUGCUUGUGCUCACAUCCAAUACGUCUUUCGUCUUGUGUUACAGUUGAUUAAACGUCUACCUUAGACUGAAAUAAUGAAUAAAGGCCAACCGAGGGUGAAGUAUUGUGACUAAAUCUAGCAUCGGUGUGGCUUUCGGCUCCCAAAACGCGGGUGUUUUGGUGAGAAGUCCUUGUUUGCGGUGGGAAUUGAUACCGAGGUCAAGUACUCACUAUACAAACAUCAGAAGUACAGCAAGAGUUCAAGUGCCUCAGGCAGAGUUAAACCGGCCAGACAAGAGGUCCUCGAGAUUUAGAUGUAAACCGAGACCUACUUCUAACCCAAAUUAUGCUCAAUGCAACUCAUAAGUCAUAUUAUCUGUCAGUUGGCAGUAUGAGAGAUCACUGAGUAACUGAGAAUGACACGUCUACGGCAGGAGGUGAGUAAUACGUCAAAUACGCACUAGAAAAGAGCUGAGGGGGAGAUAUCGACCUGCCGAGCCCAUAUGGAGGUGACGGGGAAAGAUCACUGCAAAGCCCUAGCAUAUCGCGAAAAGGCACGUUUGAUAUUUCCCACAAUUCUGCUUUUCCACAAUGAGCCUGUUCCCUUCAACCCUGUCUUUCUAUGUGCAGUCAUGGUGGAUAUUGAUUUAGUUAUCACGCCGCAAAAACCUCCUACAGCAGCUAGUGAAAUUGGGGCCAUUUUUAAGCAGGGGACCAAUGGACUAGAAACUGACAUGAAAAUCAUCAUGAAAAUGGAAAUCAUGCUGAUAUUUUCGCUGGUUUUUGGAGCGCGGACCCAUUUAAUGCCUGCGAAUUUGAUGUGAAGUGAGUUUUAAAGACCUAAUUUUACAGCUUGAAUGCUUAACGCCAUGCAAACACCCCGCAAUAAGUGUAAGCUGUCUUGUCAGAACCGCUUAACAGUGAAUCGCAAAUUAGCUCUCAGAAAGCAACGGUGGCGGAAAAGAAAGUGAAAUGAUGGGAUAAAUGCAUUUUUUUUCUAACCAUAUUGGUCUUUUUGGAGUAUGCUGAUUAAUGUGUUUUAUCGUGAGUAGUAUUAGUAUAAAAUGACUUGGACAGGCUUGGAGGAGCUGUUAAUUAUUUGUUUGUUGGUUGGUUUAAUUCAUUUGAAUUUAAUCUCUCGUCUCUGCCAUUUAUCUUUUCUUCAGAACCCAUUAAAAGUAGUAGAUUUAAUACUAUGCAAAAUAAAUCUUGCAUUUCUGUCAUAGGCCGUUGCUGUUAUUAAAUGUUUUUUUAUUGUUUUUUUAUUUAAUAUCAUUCAAACUGAUAUUAAUAUUUGGUUAUAGCACAUGAAUCAUCUUAAAUAAAGUUCUUUUUUCCUUCCUUA